GGAAGAUAUUUAAAUUAAUAAACAUUAUCUUUGAAGAAUUUUGUGGAAAAUAAAUAAAAGGAAGCGCGUGCGUGGAAACUACGGCAUGUUCUUGAUCAGCAGCAUCUCAUGCGUGUUUCCUCUGCUUCUUUGUGUUUGACUACUCUGAGAUCUAAGUUUAAAAAAUAAUGGGCGAGGAUCAGCGUGACAAAGGACUCUUCCACCACUUAGCAGGUGGACACUACCGACCUUACGGUCAUCAUGGUUAUAGUAAUCACGGUCAUCAUGGUUAUGGAAUUCCUUAUGCAUACCCUGCUCCUCCUCCUCCGUAUGGUUAUCCACCAGUUGCUUAUCCUCCACACGGUGGUUACCAUCCAACCGGUUAUCCACCUCACGGUUAUCCAUCUCACGGUAAUUAUCCCGGUCAGUCUCACGGUAAUUAUCCCGGACACCACCACCACGGAGGUAUAGGAGCGAUGAUCGCGGGUGGAGCGGCUAUGGCAGCUGCAGCAGUUGGUUCUCACCACCACGGACACUAUGGUCACCAUCACGGUCACGGCUAUGGGUACGGGUAUCACAAACACGGUAAGUUCAAGCAUGGGAAGUUCGGGAAACGCUGGAAACAUGGCAUAUUUGGGAAGCACAAGGGAAAAUUCUUCAAGAAAUGGAAGUGAUUUGUUUCCUGAAAAAGAUUGAUCCAAUCCAGAGACUAUACAUUAUAUAUAUAUAUAUAUAUAUAUCACUAUGUAACAACAAUAAAUGUUCAAGUCUCUGAGAAUAUUACAUAGUUAUUGUGAGCCUUAA